GACUGCGCUCCAUAAUGGAAAGAAACCUUCAAAACAAACAGGCCUAGUUUACAGGAGACACCAGAGGAUCGACUGACCUCUAAACCAGAGACUGAGCAAAACAGGCUUGGUUUAUUGUAUUGGCAAUGCUUAAGCUUUAUUGGCGCCAGCCAAGUCAUGUGAGUCUUCCAGUGAUCACUUAAAAUGCUACUUUUUGUUCAUUAUAUGGACUAAAAAUAGAAAAGCAAGAUAAAGUUCUAAUCAACCUGCUCUGGACUGAGUCUAGAAGUAUGGAUGCUCUCUGGGAGACUCUCUCAGCACUAUUCCUCUGUCUAUUCUCAUGGAUAAAGGACAGCUUCAACUAUAUUCAAAGACGAUUUGGGUUCAAGAGUGGUUUAACGUGGGUUAUGACGAGUCUGAACAGAUGUACAACAUGGAGUCAUUGUAAAGUUGAUAAGAUGAGGAGUACGCCUGAUGGAAGCCAAACAGACACAUGGAAAAUGGACCAGGAAGCUCGGACAUAUCAUUACCAUGGAAAUGGACCCAUGUUUACCAUCCAGACCAGCACCUAUGUUUUCUAUGUUGACGUUGAAAGGUUGGCAGACUGUAGCGAGUACUUCAGGGCUCUGUAUAACUCCUGCAUGAGAGAAAGUGCAGAGCAUCUCGUGAACCUGCCCCACGUGCCCUCCAGAGUGUUCCACAACCUCCUGCAGUUCUGCUUCCUACAAAGAUUCUGCGUUCCCCACAAUCUUCUCGAGGAGCACUUGCGUGUCAGCACAUACCUGUUGGUCCCUGGUUUCACUCGUUGCCUGCUGUUGUCUUUGUCUGAAAUCCUCACUGAGCAAACGUUCCUGGACUACCUGCAGCUGGCUGAGGAGCUGAGCAGUGUUGAGCUCCAAGAAACUGUGCUGAUGUACCUGAGCACAAACCUUCUCGAGCUUCCUCACUUGAGCAGGAGCCUGGACCUGCAUCUACAGCAGGAGAUCCUUCGGAUCCGGUCAAAGGGCUCACCUCGGCUGUGCUGCCUGAGGAAAGAGAACGUGAUUUCACGAAGCAAUCAGGAAACAGAGUCUGCAAGGAGGCUUUUCAGGCUGGAUGAGGAUGACGGGAAAUGGAGUAUGGUUACAGAUUUGCCGUUCAGUGCAGAUAAGUGGUGCUUCACCACAGCAGUCCUGUUUAACUACCUCUACCUCAUUGGUGGGUUCCGGCAACACAUAAAGAGGGGAUAUGAGUUCAAGAUGGCCUCCUUCCGAUAUAAUCCUUUAACAAAUAGAUGGGUAUCGACAGCCCCUCUUAUCAAGCACAGGCGCCACUUCAGUGCAGCAGUGUGUGAAGGGCAUAUCUACGCUGUAGGGGGCUGGUAUCUGGACUCCCUGGUGACUCCUGACUCCAGCACAGGCGUAUAUACAGCAGUGGAGCGAUAUGACCCUUGGACAGAUUCAUGGGCUUUUGUCUCCCCUCUCCCUCUUUCGGACUUUCAGUUCACCCUUUCCCUCUCCCAUGAUUCCCCUCUCACCACCAGCCUAGGGACUUGCCUUUAUGUGCUGGGGAACAUCCAGAGAACUGGAGAGAAACUAGUACUAUGCUAUGAUACCACACAAGACUGCUGGAGUGAGUUGCUUCCUACCCUCACACGCACUGAUGCAGACAUGCCCAGCCUCCACUUCGUGGGAUCCACUGACAGGUUAAUUGUGAUUGGCGGAAACAAUGUUGAAACCGUGGUCACAUCAUUCUGUGUGGAGACCCGGAAAUGGGGUCAGAUCAGAAGCAUGGAGAAGACGGCUUUAAUUGGCCAAGGCACAGUGUUCAACGAAGAAAUCUACAUGUCGGGAAAUCAGCAGGACACGAUCUAUCGGCUAAACAUCCACUCUUUGUCUCUGUCCACCCUUCCAUCGCUUCCUGUCUGUACUUGCUACGAGAGCUUUUUCCAUCUCUUUUUCUGAAUCAUUUGUACCUUCUAGAGCCUGUGAAUUUGGUACUGUAGUUUGGGAAAUAUCUUCUGGAUUUGUCUACCUGUUUAGAGAUGCUGUAAGAACACCUACUGGAAUCAAAUGUUACUUGUACUGUCCCAUGACCACUUGGAAGCUAAUUAAAGCGUUUCGUUUUCCAACCUUGCAAA